AGGUUCAUGGGAUGGUCAUGCAUUUCACUAAUAACAUUAACAACUAUGACUGCAACCACCGCCAAUCACAGCUAAAGAUUCUUCCACCGCAGAUUCUCACUAUCCCUUUUUGCCAUCCUCCAUCCCCCCAUUUUUUUCACUUCCACUUCAACGUUUGAUAUCUUCUAACUUCCUUGAUGGCACCCACGACUGUUCAGAUUGUAGACUACUCUUCAUUUGUUGGCCUUGCAAGAACAAUGAAAUUUGAAGACUACCUUGGGCAACAGAGUGAUGAGAAACAGAAAAGAGUCGAUCUCGAGGAGGAGGUUGAGAAAUUGCAAGCAGAAUUAGACGAGGAACAGGCAAUAAACAAGGUUCUGCAGUGUGCACUCCAUGGUUCAGUGUCGUCCCAUCCAUGUCUUGCCACGCUGAUACCACCCCAAGUUCAGAGCCUCCUUGCAGAACUUGCAAUGGUGGAGGAGGAGAUCGUAUGGCUUGAAAGAAAAGUUGAUGAGCUGAAACUCAACUUGUAUCAGGAGGUGAAGCAGAACAAGGAAUGGAAAAGGCAGCCGCAACACCAAAAGAAGAUGAAGCAACAAAAUCAAUUACCACCAAGCGGACUGGAAAAUCGAUCAGUGCUCGAAGACGAUUUCAAUCAGCUAUCCAGAUCACAACAUUAUGACGAAUACAGAAAAGAGAAAAUGAAAUUCAGAAGACCCUCUGUAGGUUCUGCAGCAGAAAUGUUAAGCAUGUUGUCUACAAGUUCCACUAAAAAUGAGAAACCAAGGAGGCAUGCAGGAAGAAUACAAAAUGAACACCAUAUCCGUAAAGAAAUUUGUAAUGAGAAUCCAAAUGAACUGUCAGAAGAACUUGUCAAAAGCCUAAUAGGAAUAUUCCUUGAGCUACACCAGGCACCACCACAAGAUACAGAAGAAUUAGCUAUUGUUCCAAAACUUAGCCUAUCCUGCAUGAAUUCAAAGGGCCCAAAGACCUUGUUCAACUAUAAAGCAUCUAUCUUUCCUUUCAACCGCAAUGAAUCAAACCUCGACCCUUACCGCAUUAUGCCAGAUUUAGAUAGCGCUGUCAGGGACAUUGGGCCGUACAAGAACUUCAUUCAGAUAGAAAGAAACUCGUUAGAUGUUCGUCGUUUACCAGAGUGUUUACCAAUGGCCGGAAAACUGAGGGUUUUAAUCCGUAGACUAUGUAACGUUGACUUGACAUUCUUGACCUACAAGCAGAAGCUAGCAUUUUGGAUCAAUAUCUACAACGCCUGCAUAAUGCAUGGAUUUCUAGAACAUGGGCUACCUUCGUCGCAGGAGAAUCUGCUGGCAACUAUGAACAAGGCUGCAGUGAAUGUGGGUGGGAUAGUGCUGAAUGCUUUAGCCAUUGAACACUUUAUUCUCCGGCAUCCAUGUGAACCAAACCACGGCCAUGCGGAUGAGAAGGAAAUGCUAUUACGGCAUGCUUAUGGUCUGGGGUAUCCAGAACCAAAUGUGACAUUCGCUCUUUGCCGAGGAAGUUGGUCCUCGCCCGCACUUAGGAUCUAUACCCCAGAAGAAGUGGUAAAUGAAUUGGGAAGAGCAAAAGUGGAGUAUCUGGAAGCUUCAGUGGGAGUUACAUGCAAGAGGAAGAUCGUGGUGCCUAAGCUUUUGCAGUGGCACAUGCGAGAUUUUGCAGAUGACAUGGAAUCACUACUAGAAUGGAUUUAUAGCCAAUUGCCACGCUCUGGAUCACUGAAAAGACUGAUGAUGGAGUGCCUAAAUGGAGAAUCAAAAUUUCCGUUGACAAAGAUGGUAGAAGUUCAGCCUUAUGAAUCAGAGUUUCGCUACCUGCUGUCCUUUUACGACUCACUAACAGGAAGUGAGAAGUCCUAUCACAACUGCUAAUGUCUGCACGUGAGUUAUCAGUGCCUAGCAUCUCAAAGAGCAAAAGAGCAAGGAUAUGUUGUGACUAGCUUGAGAUCUAACCAGCUCCUUUCAAAUAUUUAGAAUGACUGAGCUAAUAUCAGACUUUUAGCAAAUGAAUAUCAAUUUCGACAGCCAAAACUGAUGUAAAUUCUAUAAAUUUGUAUGUUCUCGUGAAGGAAAAUAAAUAGGUUAUUAGCCUUUAUCAAUA